GAGCGGCGUCAUGGCGGUGUCGCCGGCUUCCCAUCCACGUACAAAGCGACGGAAGCCGCAGUUCCGCUUCCCCGGUGUUGGAUGGCUUGCGCUGAGGACGGCACUGCUUCUGAUAGCUGCACCAGAGUGUCAAGGGCAGACCACUACAUCAAAUCAAGAUAACCUGUGCUACCUGACGCAUGGUGGGUCAUCCGAGACGUUCACGGUCAACGAAGCCUUUCCAGUUGAGAGCAUCGUGGGCAGACUCCAGGUGGUGGGCAACGCCAGCGAGCCCGGAGGCGACAUCCAGCUGCGCAUGGCCGACCCGGAGAGCUCACCGCUGACCAUCUUGCCGGGAACCAAGAGCCUCGUCCUGCGGCGCAAGCUCGACAAAGAAGGCCGCGACGGACUGCGCUCAGUCACCACUGACGUCAUCUGCUCUCCAAGGCACACGCGCAACAACGACCACUUGAGCAUCACUGUGCCUGUUCGAAUAAUCGUGACGGACGCCAACGACAACGCUCCAGAAUUCCAGGGCACCCCUUACUUCCUGAACAUCAGCGAGAGUACUGUGCCAGGCACGACGGUCAUGCAAGGCAUCCGAGCCGUGGACAAGGACCAGCCUGGUCUCUUUAGUACUGUCGAAUACUUCGUCGAUGACGGACCACACUCGCACCUGUUGGCCUUCGAGAACAGGUGGGAAGGUUCACUGCUACUUAUGGACAAGCUAGACCACGAGACCCUGCCGAAGUUCACCAUAACUCUAAGGGCGCAGGACCAAGGAAACCCCCCGCAGAGCUCGCACACCACCCUGGUGGUGGUGGUACACGACGCUGACGACCAGAACCCCAGGUUCAAGGCAGAGAGCUACUUCGUCCAGCUGCACAACAACACCCGCCUGGGCGCACCGCUGGACGUGAAGCCAAGCAAGAUAGAAGCGGAAGAUCCCGACGAAGAGAUCAAGGCCCCCAUCAAGUACACCUUUAAUUCAGACGCCAACGAGUACUCGUACUUCGACCUGCACCCACAGACGGGCCACGUGUCUCUGGUGCGGCCACUGCCCGAAGGAUUCGCUCUGCCCGUGACGCUGGUGGUGCGAGCCACGCAGCACGACAACCCGGAUCGGUUCGCGCUCACCACGCUCACGCUCACCGCCGACCGCUUCCCGCCCCAUGAACUGCACUUCCUCCAGGAGGACUACGAGGCCCGCGUAAUGGAAAGCACUCCUCCUGGCCAGACGCUACUGACGUUGCAGACGACGCGCAGCGCCGCCGACAAGGGAGGCAUCCGCUUCGAGCUCAUUAUUGACGGCAACGAAGACGCAGCAGCUUUCACCAUCCACGACUCGGGAGAACUGAUCCUGGCCCAGUCUCUGGACUACGAAACUAAGCAAUUUUACGCACUGAAGGUUCUGGCGACCGACGGCAAGCACAGCGAUGUCGCGCGCGUUAAGGUGAGCGUGCUGGACGUGAACGACAACGACCCGCAGUUCAGUGAGCCGCGCUACUCGUUCACGCUCACCGAUCUGGACGCCGUGCACCAGGGAGCACUCGUGGGUCGAGUUGAGGCGUCGGAUGCGGACGCCGGCGACUCAGUACAGCUCGCCAUCGACGGGCCUUCGGCGCGCCUCUUUACUAUCAACAACCAGGGCGAGGUGCGCAUCCGGGACCUCGAGUACCUGAACUCUUCGCGGUCGCACCUGGUGGUGGUGGCGACCGACAGCGGCGUCCCUCCCCGAAAGUCCACGGUACUGGUUGAGGUGCAGUUCCCCGAGGCCCUGGUGCUGCGCAGCAGUGCCCUGGCACCGAGGCGGGAUGAGGGCAGCUUCGUGCUCAUGACCAUCUUCGGCGCUCUUCUGGGCUCUCUGCUGCUCAUCAUCAUCACACUUACCUUGUACAUACUCAAGAACAAGAAGUUCCGCAGCAGACUGCCGGUUUCCUUCACUGGCAAUGGUCACACAGCACUGAAUAAGGUGGCUACAAUAAAAGCGCCUCGCAGCGCCACCAGCAGGCUUAUCAACCCCCCGCGGCCCCUUGCUGGUGUCGAAAAUCCCAUCUUCAACCUGUCGGAUGCCAAGUCGGACGACACGACCGAGGACAUGAGUGAACGAGAGACGCUCCCGGACUGUCUCGACACCCCUGUUCAAAAUGGAAGCAUAAACAAGAAUAACGGACUGCAGCGCAAUGGCAGGGCGCUUCCCAACGGCAGGUUGGAGCCGCUUCGGACAGGAAUGACGGCACCUCUGGGUAGUCCUUCAUUGCUGUACAAUGGCAAACUGCUGAGCGUCCAGUGGCCCAUUGGCUCCAUACCAAUGAAAGUCAAAGAACUCAACUGGGAGGACGACCAGCCUAACAAGACGGCACUGGAUCCAGACUUCAGCGUAACACCACUGACAACUGGCAACCAGUCUCCCAGCCACAAUGAACUCACAGUGUACUUCUAGGUCAAUCGUCUUUUAAAAACAUCCGGCCUCAAGCCUCUCGGAUGCAAGUGCAGUCACCACAGGUUUAAGAAUUUGUGGAACUCACACACAAACUUGCAAUGCGCGCAAGUCACUGUGAUAAGUCUGUGAAUUACCAAGCCACAAGUGCCUUCCACUUCGGAUGUGACGACAACUUAUGUCUUCCUUGCAAGCAACACCACAUAGCCCAGCGCUGCCUUUGUCGUGUUCCUCAUACGCAAGCACCGUACAGCCAAGCGGUGUCGUGUGUUCAACUUUCCCAGUGUGUCGGUGCAGUGCGUGCUCUUAACUCUUCUGAGGUGAAAAAAAAAAAGAGAAGUGGCACAUACUAUUUCUGACAAACUGUUCUAUUAAUGUAGGUGUCAAAGACGUUUGUAAAGCACGGCCCUAGACGAAGCUCCCAACCGCCAACAAAGCUUUCAGCAAGUACAAAAAAGCAAUUGAAAGACACUUGUGACAGCAUCGCUGCCCUGUCUGGCCACGAAGAGUCGAAACCUGUGAUCGAGGUUCUGAUGUGUUGUCUGAAACUUGGCAUGGGAACUAAGUUUCCAUGCCAAACGAACGUUCAUAUACUACGUGCAACACAAUGCAGUUGAAAGCUCCGGAGCAUUUCUGUAUUUUGCAAACAAGAGCCGUUCUUUAAUUUCGUUACGAUGCCUAUUAGCCAAUUUUAUUAGCAGAAUCCUGCUCCAAAUCACUUUCUGUGAAUACCAGUGGCAUGAAUGACUGUCUGCAUGUGAGAGCGUUAACAAACAUCUGCAUUAUUAGGCGAACAGCAGAAGUGCUUCCGUGCAAGAUUGAGCUACAAGCCACCAUGUUUAGAAGGUAACUCAAUUAUACGCUCUUAAUGAGGACGUUGUGUGAUUCAAACACCUUUGCCAUGAUGACCACAUUUGCAUGUUAGGAUGCACUGCUUUCUACUCAGAGUUGUUUAAGUGCCACCCUAAAAGAAAGAGAGAGAGAUGCAAAUGAGAGAAAGGCAGGGAGGUUAACCAGACUUGAAGCCUCCGGUUCGCUACCCUGCACUAGGGGAAGGUAAAGGGGAAGUAAAGACGGAAAGAAGAGCGGGGACAGAAAGAAAGGCGAGAAAAAAGAUGACGGCAUCAUUACAGUCUUUCUAAUAGGUCACUGCCACGUAAAAAGGCCAACAAAGCCUUGACCGACUGUGGGUAUCCAUAGAAGAUUGUACACACCCUAAGCAUGCAUCAGUUCACGCAUUUAUGUUCGUAAACGAAGCCAAUAUUAAGUGCAUUGCGGAAAUAACAUAUGCAUAUACGAGAACAUUUCCGUUUCUUUACACCAAAGCAAUAAUCGCCUAAAUAGUGACAAAAUGGUUUCGUAUAUAAGAAAUGAUGUAAAAAUAUAAGCAAGAUGAUUUUGUACAUACUGUUAAUAAUAUUGACGCGCUGUCAAUUCUGCUGUGAUUCGCUCUCGCCAUCAUUCAAUGUAGUUAGGAAAUAUUGAAUUGUUUUGUCUUGCAAUAUCGACAGAUGGAUGUGUACAUUUAUUAUUCUAGCAUUUCUGCAAAGCCAAACUUCCUGUUACGCCAAUGUAAAGCUUCUAUAGUGGGUGUUCCUGUGAAGAGUGCCACAAAUUUGUAAAAGUAACCUGGGGUAGAUGCACAAUUGCAGUCCUUGAGCUCGAUUAAUCAAAGUCAUGAAUGACAUUUGCAAGAGAUUUGGAAAUGUUUAACUGACUGAUUACUAAAAUUUAUUAAUGAAGCUUUUAACUAAAUAACUUAUCGCAGAUACGGCAGAUUACAAAUUGUAGCCUCGAAGUUCAAGAAAUGAGACUUGGAAUGAAUGUUCUGUAUGACACCAGUUUCGAGAUAUUCAUUCCCGAACUGCGAAGAAAUGCUAUGGCACUCCAGCCACGUUUGUGCUUCAAUGCGUAAAACGGCGUUUUGUCAAAGUAUAAGUGGAACGAGAGUGCAUUUUUAUCGCAAUCUUGAUGGUAGAUAUCUCGACAAUCGAGUUAUCUACAGACUUCUUUCCAAGUGAACAUGUCUUUCGGUCUCACUGUCUACAAUUUGGAAAUUGCAAUAUGUGGAAGUGGUUAGCUAAAUACAAUUAGUUAAGUUUAUUCAUUAGUCACAGGUGCAUUUCAAUUUCUCGCGCAAAUAAUGUGCGCCUGUGGGAGUGAUCCAUUCAAGUACUAUAUGUUGUGCUAUCCGCCCCGUGUGAUUUCAAAAAAAAAAUUUGGCAGUCUACACCGAAACACACAGUAUUGUUUUAUAAAAGAAGCGUGUUUGUAAACGCGAAUAGUGACUGUACGUGAUGAAUGCUAGAAGAUAAACUGACGUUCCGAAAUUGUA